CACGCACAGCUGUUGCUGGCAGACAUCUGGCAACAUGGCGACGAUAAACACAACAUUUCGAUAGACAACAAAUGCAGCGCAAAACGACAAAAUAAUAAACAAAAUAAUGCGAAGCACAUAAUAAAUAACAUAUCAAAAUAAAAAGGAGAGGAAAAGCCAUGGAAAUGGGCAGGCAGAAGAAGCGACGCAAGCAGCGCAAACGCAAACAUCAGCGACACAAACAAAGGGCGUCAGCAGCGGCCGCCGCAGCGGCUGUGGGCGCGCCCAAGCUGCCCGCCGAGAUCUGGAGGAGCACGUACAAGACGCUGCUGCAGUGGCAUCAGGCGCAGGUGCGCAGCGUCUGUCGUGGACAAAUGGAGCCGGCGCAAGACGAGAGCUUCAGCGAGGGAGAGGAGGAGGAGGAAGAGGAGUCGGCAUACGAAGAGCAAGAGCUGCAGCCGGAGGCGCAUUUGGAAUGGGAUGAUGAUGUGGAUCAAGUGGAUGUUGAGUAUUUAAAAUUUCUGGAGGUAACGCUGCAGCAUCAGCAGGAGUUAAAACGUCUGCGCGCCGCAGCUGCAGCCGCAGAGGCAUGACUGCCAAAAAAAACCCGCCGUAAAACUUGGUUUAAGUUUAGGUUUA